AUGGCGUCUCUUCCACCUCCUCCGCCCCCGGGGUGGGGAGCUGCAUCUCCUCCGUCCAUUCCUCUUGCUCCCCCACCUCCCGGAUACCGUCCUCCGGCUGACCCUCUGGUCGCGAAGUUUGCACAGAAGAAGAACGAAUGGCUACGGACACAACGAAACCGUUUUGGGGAGAAGAGAAAGGCCGGGUUUGUGGAAACUCAGAAGGCAGAUAUGCCGCCGGAGCAUUUACGGAAGAUUGUAAAGGAUAUAGGAGACGUAUCGCAGAAGAAGUUCAGCACCGACAAAAGAAGCUACCUGGGGGCGUUGAAAUUCAUGCCGCAUGCCGUGUUGAAGUUGUUGGAGAAUAUGCCGAUGCCCUGGGAGUCUGCUCGUGAGGUCAAGGUCCUUUACCAUGUCAAUGGCUGCUUGACGUUGGUCAACGAGAUUCCCCGAGUCAUUGAACCCGUCUUUCACGCGCAAUGGGCUACCAUGUGGAUGACGAUGCGACGGGAGAAAAGUGACCGGAGGCAUUUCAAAAGAAUGCGUUUUCCACCCUUUGACGAUGAAGAACCACCGCUGUCUUGGUCAGAAAACAUUGAGGAUGUGGAGCCUUUGGAACCCAUCCAGAUGGAACUUGAUGAAUCUGAGGAUGCUCCCGUCUUUGAAUGGUUCUACGAUCACCGUCCACUCCUCGAUACCCCACAUGUCAAUGGACCUAGCUAUAAGGAGUGGAAUUUGACCCUUCCGCAAAUGGCAACACUGUAUCGCUUGAGCCGUCAGCUGCUCAGUGAUGUAGUAGAUAAGAAUUAUUUCCAUAUGUUCGAACUUAACAGUUUCUUGACUGCUAAGGCCCUUAACGUCGCAAUUCCCGGCGGCCCUAGAUUCGAACCGUUGUACAAAGACGUCGACCCUAAUGAUGAGGAUUUUGGAGAAUUCAACGCGAUCGAUCGUAUCAUCUUCAGAGCUCCCAUCCGAACCGAAUAUCGCGUUGCUUUCCCAUACCUGUACAAUUCUUUACCUCGCAGUGUUAAGCUGUCUUGGUACUCCCACCCUCAGAUCGUAUAUGUUCGAUCAGAUGAUCCUAACCUCCCAGCCUUUUAUUUUGACCCUGUCAUUAAUCCGAUAUCCUCUCGCUCUGUCGCACCUAAAAACAUAACGGUUAGCCACGAAGAUCAGAUAUUCGGGCCUGGCAAUGAUGAGGAUGAAUUUACACUCCCAGCGAAUGCUGAACCUUUCUUGGCGGAUGAGGAAUUGUACACCAGUGAAACCGCUUCUGCAAUUGCUCUUUGGUGGGCUCCCUAUCCAUUUGACCGCCGCUCGGGUAAAAUGGUUCGGGCCCAAGACGUUCCUCUUGUGAAGCAGUGGUAUCUGGAGCAUUGCCCGCAGGGCCAGCCUGUGAAAGUUCGAGUAUCUUACCAGAAGCUUCUAAAAACUUACGUUCUGAACGAGUUACACAAGAAGAAACCGAAAGCACAAAGCAAACAGAAUCUUUUGAGAACACUGAAAGGCACGAAAUUCUUCCAGCAAACAACAAUCGAUUGGGUAGAGGCCGGUCUUCAAGUCUGUCGACAAGGCUUUAACAUGUUAAAUUUGCUGAUUCACCGCAAAAAUUUGACCUAUCUACAUCUUGAUUAUAACUUUAAUUUGAAGCCUGUGAAGACGUUGACGACCAAGGAGAGAAAAAAAUCCCGUUUUGGAAAUGCUUUCCAUCUAAUGCGAGAAAUUCUUCGCUUAACAAAGCUGAUUGUUGACGCCCAGGUUCAAUAUCGGUUGGGAAAUAUUGAUGCAUUCCAGCUAGCUGACGGUAUCCUCUAUGCUUUUAACCACGUUGGCCAGCUGACUGGGAUGUACAGGUACAAGUACAAGUUGAUGCACCAGAUCAGAUCAUGCAAGGACUUGAAGCAUCUCAUAUACUAUCGCUUCAAUUCCGGCCCAGUUGGAAAGGGUCCUGGAUGUGGAUUCUGGGCACCCGCCUGGAGGGUUUGGCUUUUCUUCCUAAGGGGAAUUAUUCCGCUUCUUGAACGCUGGCUUGGGAAUUUGCUAUCUCGUCAAUUUGAAGGUCGCCAUAGCAAGGGUGUCGCGAAAACUGUUACGAAGCAACGUGUCGAAUCGCACUUCGAUCUAGAACUCCGCGCGUCAGUUAUGGCGGAUCUUAUGGAUAUGAUGCCCGAAGGUAUUAAACAAAAUAAAGUUAAUACUGUUCUUCAACAUCUUUCGGAAGCGUGGAGAUGCUGGAAGAGUAACAUACCCUGGAAAGUUCCGGGCCUUCCGGCUCCCAUUGAGAAUAUCAUUCUUAGAUAUGUUAAGAGCAAGGCGGAUUGGUGGAUUUCUGUUGCCCAUUACAAUCGAGAGCGAAUUCGGCGCGGUGCAACGGUUGAUAAGACUGUGGCUAAGAAAAAUCUCGGACGACUUACCAGACUCUGGCUCAAGGCUGAGCAAGAGAGGCAACACAACUACCUGAAAGAUGGGCCCUAUGUCUCUUCUGAAGAAGCAGUCGCCAUUUAUACGACCACUGUCCAUUGGUUGGAGUCUCGCAAAUUCUCCCCUAUUCCUUUCCCGAGCGUAUCCUACAAGCAUGAUACGAAAGUCUUGAUUCUGGCUCUAGAACGUUUGCGUGAGGCUUACUCUGUCAAAGGUCGCUUGAAUCAAAGCCAACGAGAGGAACUUGCGCUUAUUGAACAAGCUUACGAUUCUCCAGGCACAACACUAGCGAGAAUUAAGCGAUUCCUUCUCACGCAGCGAGCGUUCAAGGAAGUUGGUAUUGAUAUGAAUGACAACUAUUCCAAUAUAAAUCCGGUGUACGACAUUGAGCCCAUUGAGAAAAUCACCGAUGCGUACCUGGAUCAAUACCUCUGGUAUCAAGCCGAUCAACGCCAUCUUUUCCCUGCCUGGAUCAAACCAUCAGAUUCUGAAGUACCUCCUCUCCUGACUUACAAAUGGGCCCAAGGCAUCAACAACCUCUCCAAUGUUUGGAACACUGCCGAUGGAGAAUGUAAUGUUAUGAUCGAAACAGAACUAUCCAAAGUGUAUGAAAAGAUCGAUCUUACCCUUCUCAAUCGACUCCUGCGUCUGAUCAUGGACCAUAACUUGGCUGAUUACAUCACCUCGAAAAAUAACGUUCAGCUCAAUUACAAGGACAUGAAUCAUACAAACAGCUACGGCAUGAUUCGUGGCCUCCAGUUCUCUGGCUUUGUUUUCCAAUAUUAUGGUCUCGUUAUCGACUUACUCCUGCUGGGCCUGCAACGAGCAAGUGAAAUUGCAGGUCCUCCCCAGAGUCCGAAUGAUUUCUUGCAGUUCAGAGAUCGUGCAACUGAAACAAGGCACCCUAUCCGCCUAUACACAAGAUAUAUUGACAAAAUUUGGGUUUUUUUGAGAUUCUCCGCCGAUGAAUCACGAGAUCUUAUCCAAAGGUUUUUGACUGAGCAGCCGGAUCCGAAUUUCGAAAACGUGAUCGGGUAUAAAAACAAAAAGUGUUGGCCAAGAGAUUCAAGAAUGCGGCUGAUGAGACAUGACGUUAACCUGGGUCGUGCCGUCUUCUGGGAUCUGAAGAAUCGCCUUCCAAGAUCCAUCACCACUAUCGAGUGGGAUGACACCUUUGCCAGUGUGUACAGCAAAGACAAUCCAAAUCUGUUAUUCUCAAUGUGCGGGUUUGAGGUUCGCAUUUUGCCGAAAAUCCGCAAUCAGAAUGACGAGUUCCCAGUCAAGGACAGCGUUUGGUCAUUAGCGGAUAACACGACCAAGGAACGAACGGCGUAUGCAUUUUUACAGGUUACGGAAGAAGAUAUCCAGAAGUUCAACAAUCGGAUAAGGCAGAUUCUGAUGUCCUCGGGCUCGACUACAUUUACCAAAAUUGCUAAUAAGUGGAAUACGAGUCUGAUCGCUCUGUUCACAUAUUAUCGGGAAGCAGCUGUAUCUACCGUCAACCUCUUGGAUACUAUUGUUAAAUGCGAAACCAAAAUCCAAACAAGAGUUAAGAUAGGGUUGAACUCUAAAAUGCCGUCCCGUUUCCCCCCUGCUGUGUUCUAUACACCCAAGGAAUUAGGAGGUUUAGGAAUGAUUUCUGGUUCUCAUAUACUUAUUCCAACGAGCGAUAAACGAUGGUCGAAGCAAACUGAUACCGGUGUCACCCAUUACCGAGCUGGCAUGUCCCAUGAUGAGGAGACCUUGAUCCCCAACAUCUUCAGGUACAUUAUACCUUGGGAGGCAGAAUUUACAGACUCCCAACGCGUGUGGAUGGAAUAUUCUCAGAAACGACAAGAGGCAAAUCAACAAAAUCGUCGAUUAACUCUUGAAGAUUUGGAAGAUAGCUGGGAUCGCGGUCUUCCACGUAUCAACACUCUCUUCCAAAAAGACCGAAGCACACUUAGCUUUGACAAAGGUUUCCGUACGCGCACUGAAUUCAAAACAUAUCAAUUGAUGAAGAGCAAUCCUUUCUGGUGGACCAGUCAAAGACAUGAUGGGAAACUGUGGAAUCUUAAUGCCUAUCGAACCGAUGUUAUCCAAGCUCUCGGGGGUGUUGAAACAAUUCUGGAACACACAUUGUUCAAAGCCACAGCGUUUCCUUCAUGGGAAGGCCUGUUCUGGGAAAGAGCCUGCCUUGCCAAGGGGACUCUGUUACUGCGAUACGAUGGUACCAAGGUCGAGGUCGAAAAUGUGAGAGAGGGAGACCUUCUGCUCGGUCCUGAUGGUGGGCCUCGUCGCGCUUUUAACAUUGUUGGUGGACGGGACCGUCUCUAUCGUAUCAAAAUGGACGGGGGCAAAGAAGAUCUCGUGGUCACUCCAAACCAUAUUCUCGUCCUUCAUCGAGAGAAAAGAGACGGAGUGGACAAAGUAUACGAUGUCCUCCCAUCGUUGCAAGAAGACGCCACGGACGAUGGAGAGGAUCUGCCCGAAGUUUCAGCAAUAGAGCUUUUUGAUACUGUGGAGAUUACUGCGGCUGAGUUUGCUUCUCUUGACCCUAAUGAAAGGAAACUGUAUCGACUUUUUACAAGUCCUGGCUACGAAUUGAACGGCAAAGCCGUGCCCAUAGAUCCAUAUUUUCUUGGACUCUGGCUAGGUGAUAGAAGUGGCACGAAAUCCUCAAUAUAUACCAAUCACGAAGAAGAAAUCCGGGAGUUCAUCGCUGACCAUGCUGCCGAGUUGGACCUGCAACUUGUCUCACAUGUCGCCAACCGACCAUCUCUAGCAGCUAUGAAAAACGGCAACCAACUACCGCUCCGUCGUCAAGCGCGACAGAUUAUCCGCAAGCAACGGAUUGCCGCCAAGAGCAUCACACAGCCUGGAGGCGCUAGAUCAUCGUCCUACCCGGCCACAACCGGUGGACCCUCUUCCAACACUGUAACCUCCCUGUACUCCCGUGAACGUCAUCCUCUAUCCGAAUCGUCAGCGGCGGCUACCAUGAAUCUUCUUCCCAGAUCUACGUCUGUUUCUACUUCUGUCGCUUCUCAACCUAAGUCGAGCAUCUCAACUUCCAUCACGGACGCGAACCUUCCAUCAGAGAGCUCAAACUUUUCAGUCAUCCCUGACUCAGGGAUUGAAGUAUCCAACUCUAGCCAAGUAUUAUUGGAAGAGGAAGCUGACCUUGACUUAUUUGAUAUAGAUAGUGAGGACGAGGAAAUCGAGGAUCUCGAUGAGAAGAAGAAUGUCAGUAACGUCGACGAUUUCCCUAAACGUCGACGGAUUCAUUACCUGCGAACUGGUUGUCGAACGUACGGAGAGCUGUGUCCUGGCGAGGAGGACCAAAUCCUUGAAGAUAUCGUUGGCCGACCUGAUGGCACUACCAGUGUAGAAUCGCUCCUGCUGGCGCUCGAAGCGUUGGGACUACAUACUUGUGGCACGAAUGGCUCUGGAUCUGACAAGAAACGUAUCCCUUCGGUAUACAUGAAGAACUCACGACCCGUCCGACUUGCCCUCCUCGCAGGGCUGAUCGACAGUAGUGGUUGGUACGUUGAUUCGGAAAACGCGUUCGGCUUCAGCCAGACUGAAGACUCAAACUCCACUCUUAUCUGGGAUGUCGUAACGUUGGCGCGCUCUUUGGGUUUCAGUGUUUCGACGAAGCGGCGUAUGACGGAUAAUCCGACCCGUACGCAGCACAAAGCCCAAGAAUUUGCCCAUAUCUCUGGAAAUGUGGCAGAAAUUCCAAGCAUCCUCGCACGAGAGAGAGGAGUUGAACGUCCAAUUUCCCAAGCUGACGGUUUCAAAAUCAAGGAUAUUCAGCUUGAAACUGAGACGACUGAGUGGGCUGGUUUCCGAGUCGAUCAAGACCAACUCUACCUGCGUCAUGAUUUUCUUGUGCUGCACAACAGUGGUUUCGAAGAAUCCAUGAAGUUCAAGAAGUUGACGAACGCCCAGAGGUCCGGUUUAAAUCAGAUUCCUAACCGUCGAUUUACUUUGUGGUGGUCCCCAACAAUUAAUCGUGCGAACGUCUACGUUGGCUUCCAGGUUCAACUAGACCUGACUGGAAUAUUCUUACACGGCAAGAUCCCAACCUUAAAGAUUUCACUUAUUCAGAUUUUCCGCGCUCAUUUGUGGCAAAAGAUUCAUGAGUCUGUUGUGAUGGAUCUCUGUCAAGUGUUUGACCAGGAAUUGGAGCAGUUGGGUAUUGAAACAGUGCAAAAGGAGACCAUCCACCCUAGGAAAUCGUAUAAGAUGAACAGCUCAUGUGCGGAUAUCCUUCUAUUUGCUACCCAUAAGUGGAAUGUUACGAGGCCCUCUCUUCUGUUCGAUACCAAGGACGUCAUCGAACCGACUACGACAAACAAAUUUUGGUUGGAUGUACAGUUACGGUAUGGUGACUACGAUUCUCAUGACAUCGAGAGAUAUGUUCGUGCCAAGUAUCUCGAUUACACUACAGAUAGCAUGAGCAUAUAUCCAUCCGCAACUGGACUUAUGAUCGGCAUCGACUUGGCUUACAACCUUUAUUCCGCCUAUGGUCAGUAUUUCCCUGGGUUGAAGGCCCUGGUGCAACAAGCUAUGGCAAAGAUCAUGAAGGCAAACCCUGCUUUAUAUGUCCUAAGGGAACGUAUCCGGAAGGGUCUCCAACUCUAUGCGUCGGAAAGCAACCAAGAAUUCUUGAAUUCCCAGAAUUACUCUGAACUUUUUAGUAACCAAAUCCAACUUUUCAUUGAUGACACCAACGUCUACCGUGUGACAAUCCAUAAAACAUUCGAGGGUAAUUUGACGACAAAGCCAAUCAACGGUGCCAUUUUCAUAUUCAACCCGCGCACGGGUCAGCUGUUCCUGAAAAUUAUCCACACGAGUGUCUGGGCUGGCCAAAAACGUCUGGGCCAAUUAGCUAAGUGGAAAACGGCGGAAGAAGUUGCAGCUCUUAUCAGAUCUUUGCCAGUCGAAGAACAGCCGAAGCAACUGAUAGUUACCAGGAAGGGUCUCCUUGAUCCUCUCGAAGUGCACCUUCUCGAUUUCCCCAACAUAUCUAUCAGAGCAUCUGAGCUUCAGCUACCUUUCCAGGCUGCAAUGAAGGUUGAGAAGCUUGCUGACAUGAUCCUCCGAGCGACAGAGCCACAGAUGGUGCUUUUCAACCUCUACGAUGAGUGGCUGAAGACUAUCUCGUCGUACACAGCCUUCUCCCGCCUUAUUCUUAUCCUCAGAGCUUUGCAUGUCAACUCUGACAAAACUAAGAUUCUACUGCGACCUGAUAAGACAGUUAUUACUGAAGAGCACCAUAUCUGGCCAACGCUGUCCGACGAGGACUGGAUCAAGGUCGAAGUACAGCUUCGUGACUUGAUUCUGAACGACUAUGGCAAGAAGAAUAAUGUCAACACUCAGAGUCUGACUAGCAGCGAAGUUCGGGACAUUAUUCUUGGUAUGGAAAUUAGUGCGCCAUCCAUGCAGCGUCAGCAGGCUGCCGAAAUUGAGAAGCAACAAGAUGAACAAAAGCAGCUCACCGCUGUCACAACCAAAACCCAAAAUGUCCGAGGAGAAGAAAUCGUUGUUACGACAACUUCCCAGUACGAGCAACAAGCAUUUGCGUCCAAGACCGAAUGGCGUACUCGUGCUAUUGCCACCUCAAAUCUUCGAACCCGAGCCAACAACAUCUAUAUUUCUUCUGAUGAUAUACAGGAGGGCCACUAUACAUAUAUCAUGCCAAAGAAUGUUUUGAAGCGAUUCAUCACUAUCGCGGAUCUGCGAGUACAGGUUGCUGGAUAUCUGUACGGUGCCUCGCCGCCUGACAACGACCAAGUGAAGGAGAUACGGACGAUCGUGAUGAUCCCACAAGUUGGAAAUACCCGCGAUAUACAGCUGUCACAUCAACUCCCGCAACAUGAGUAUCUCAAUUCGCUGGAACCUCUUGGUAUCAUUCACACACUCUCUGGAAACGAGCCGUCAUAUAUGACGGCGAUGGAUGUUACACAGCAUGCGCGCCUCAUGAAUGCGCAUUCCUCCUGGGAUAAAAAGACUGUGACGAUGACUGUAUCGUUCACUCCGGGUUCGGUGUCGUUGAGCGCAUGGGCCCUAACCCCCCAGGGAUAUAAAUGGGGAGCCGAAAACAAGGAUACUUCUUCCGAUCAACCUCAAGGUUUCUCGACUAGCAUGGGAGAAAAGUGUCAACUCUUGCUUAGUGAUAAAAUACGGGGCUACUUUUUAGUUCCGGAGAAUAACGUCUGGAACUAUAGUUUUAUGGGAAGCUCAUUUAGCAAUGUGGAAAAACGACCGGUAUAUGUGAAGAUUGAUACCCCUUUGCGUUUCUACGAUGACCAACACCGCCCGCUACAUUUCCAAAAUUUCGCAGAGUUAGAAGAUAUCUGGGUUGAUAGGGUCGAUAACUUUGCAUGA